AUGCCUGUCAUGUCGACUCACAUAUCAAGGGCCGCUCGUGCUCAAUCGCUUGUCUUCAACUGCCCAGAGUUGGCGGAAGGGAUCCUACGCUUCAUGGAUCGUAACUCUAUUUUGCAACUCAUGCUAGCAGGCCGCCAAUUCUGGGAGCCAUGUGCCUAUCAACUAUGGCACACACUCGAUUCUUUUGAUCCGCCGAUGCGUCUCCUGCCAUCUGAUUUAUGGCUCUGGACGAUCCUCGGGUUCAUCGACGAACUGGGAGUUACUCGGCCUCUGCUGGACGAAGAUGUUGCACGAUGGAAGCUUUACGCUGGAUUCGUUCGCAUGUGGCCGAAAGCGCGUAUUUUGGGCUCUCGGUGCAGCGAGGUGAGAGGCCUGCUUUGGAUGAUUAGGAAAGUGGAUCUGAUGAGGAAGCUUGUAGACUAG